AUGGUGAAAGCCUUUUUCUUUGACUUCUGCCUUCGCUGGCGAAGAACUUCCUUUUGCUCGUAUCCUAAUGUGACGGUUUGCUGGCAUUGUGGUUCGGGUUCGUUCUCUCAAUUAUGCAGUCGGACUUGGACACAGCGUGAAGGUUGUGGAGAGGCGGAGCCAACGGGCCGACGGCAGGGCAGGGCACACUGCCCUGCCCAAGAUGGCGGCAAGGAGGCGGAGGAUGCGGUGGAGCGGAGAGACGGGGCUUGCUGGGAGCAAUGCCUCCACAAUCUAAAUCAGGUGCGUGGCACACACACCUGCCCACAAUUAACUCAUCUCCUCCUGCUGUAUACAAGGGGAGAAGGAGGAGAGAUCAUGGAAGGAGUUGGAGUGUCCGCAGCAGAUGCAGUGCGUGAAGAGCAAGAGCGACAGAAAGCAGACGACGACGACGACGACGACGACGACGACGACGACGACGACGACGACGACGACGACGACGACGACGACGACGACGGCGGAUGAAAGGCGACCGGCGAACGAGCAGUGGAGGAAUGAGCUGAAAAGCAAUCCAAACUGCAGCCAGGCUUUAUUGCAAAAUA